AAGCUGCGCACGCGCAGACCGGAAGGAGAAAAGCGGGGAGGGGCGCAUGCGCGGAAGGGAAGCGGUCGGUCUCGGGCCUGGUGGUUCGGUCUUUUCUCUUCCUCAGUCCGGGAUCCGUUAGGGGCCAGGCAGGCUGAGGCACCAUCAGUAUGUCCCAGAAGCAUCGAAGGAAUGACCCCGGGCCUUCCCAGGCAGAUGCCAGGGACGAGGAUUUUGUGCUGACCCCCAGCCAAAUGGCCAGCCAGGUGCAGAGGAAUCUGGAGAGACGGUCGCAAGGGCAGGUGGAUCAGAAGGUGAGCGAGCUGGUGCAGUUCCUGUUGGUGAAAGAUCAGAAGAAAAUCCCCAUCAAGCGGGCUGGAUCUCAGUGCUUCCCGCCCCCCCCAAAGAAGGUGAUUGGUGACUACCGGGAUGUCUAUCCAGAGAUCGUCAAUCGUGCAGGCUGGACCCUCCAGAAGGUUUUUGGGCUGGAGCUGAAGGAGAUGGAUACCAAGCCCCACAUGUACAUACUGGUCAGCACCCUCCCUCGCCUGCCUGGGGACAGCUUCAAGCAGGAUGACCGCACAGCCAAGCUGGGCCUCCUCGCCAUCAUCCUCAGCUUCAUUUUUAUGAAGGGCAACUCUGUCAAAGAAGUGGCAGUGUGGGAGAUGCUCCGGAGGCUACGCGUGGAUCCUGGGGAGAGACAUGAGGUUUUCGGGGAUGUGAAGAAGUUGGUGACUGAGGAGUUUGUGCGGCAGAAGUACCUGGAGUACCUUCCUAUCCCCCAUACGGAUCCCACCGAGUUCAAGUUGCAGUGGGGAGGGCGAGCCACCAAGGAGACCUCCAAGAGGCACAUCCUCCAGUUUGUUGCCAAGGUAAGUGGCCCACUGGAGGGGUGGGACUCCAAAAUAAAAGAUUUGGAUAUCCCUGGGGUGAGAGCUGGGAGAAGGCAGGGGACAGUUUGUGCCUUUAGGGGGCACGGCUUGUAGUAGGGCUUCUGGAAGAGGAGGGGCUAGUGCCAGACUGGCAGGGUUUGUACUGCAGUUUUGGGAAGACAGGCUAGAUUUAUGGGUGAGGCCUAUUCCAGGGGAGAAGAAGUAGGGAUUAGUAGUGCCAGAUUAGUGAGGUUUGGCUGAGGGUGGGGCUUAGUGGAGGGGAAAGGGCUGAAAUCCAGUGGCAGAGCACCUG